CCCGGCAUAAUUUGGGACAGCCGCGUCUGAAAAGUCCACUUUACCCGGUCCGGGGACGGCAAAGGGAGGGGAAGGAACGAGCAGCGGCGCCUGACGUGAGCAAAGGGGCGGACCCGCCGGGUGCGCGCAGCAGCCGACCUCUUUUAAACACCUCGGACGCUCGCCGCCUCCUACUUGGUACAGCUGGGGACCAGGGACGCGUCGGACCCACGUUCCGUGCCUGCAGCGUGCUGUCCUUCACUGGCGGGGGCUGAGCUACUCCUCUUCCGCCCAAGAUGCCCCGUUAUGAGCUGGCUUUGAUCCUGAAAGCCAUGCAAAGGCCAGAGACAGCUGCAACACUGAGGCGCACAGUGGAAGCUUUGCUGGAGAAAGGAGCAGUGGUGAGGAAUUUGGAAAACUUGGGCGAAAGAAUGCUGCCAUACAAGAUUGUAAAGCAUGAUCAGCAUCAUGUCAGAGGAGGGUAUUUUCUGGUAGACUUUGAUUCUGCUCCAACGAUUAUUACAAGUCUAUUGGACCAUUUAAAACGAGACAUUGAUAUAAUCAGGUCUACUGUCUUAAAACAUCAUACAGAGCAGACUCAAGAAUGUAUGGGCAUAAUGCCAGUCAAUUAUGAAGAUGAACUACGGAAGAAGAAAUAACCAAAAGCCAUAAUAACAUUGUUACCAUUAAUUUGAACCUUGUCAUAAGCAUGUGUGGUAUGUGGUAUGAUGUUCCAACAUAGUUUAAUUUUGGCUGCUUUGCAGCCAAUCACCUCUAUUCUUAUUUUUGUAUUUUAAAAAUCAGAGAGCUUUUUUCCUUCUUGUUGCUUCUCUUACUGAAAUCUGGUCUGCUCCAAAAAGCUAAUGCUGAAAUUUUGUCACUUUGAACCAAGUAGAACUUUCUUCCAAAUAAGCAGCUUUAAGAUCAAUUUAAAUAUUUCAGACUUAGCAUUCAAACAUGUAAAAACUGUAAAUGUUAAAUGAAAUCUGUUGAUAAUUGCAAUAAAAUUUUUAAAAAUCAAUUUAUAGACCAAUGUAUGUAGUCUGUUCUCUGGUGUACUGUUUCCUCCAUUCAGCACAUCUAAAAUCUAAUGAGUUCAUGGAAGUUAAGAAAACUAUAUAGCUAUUUAAAAUCCCAACAGUCUUGAGUGUAAUUUUUGUUUAUCUUUGAACUAGGGCCAGAUCAUACCUUGCUGUUUUAUUAUUAAUAUAUUCUUAAAUGUAAUCUCUACUGGCUUCUUGUUCUUCUUGCUACAAUAAGCACAUAGCAUUGAUAGUUGAAUUGAUUUCCUCAUUCUGCAAGGCUUAAAUGCAUUCUCUGGGAAUGAAUUGAUUAAACAAAGUUGUGGCGAUUGCCUCAUUUUAUUUU